UUAGUCUACCUCUCUUGGGGAAUGGGCUGACUCUGAUGGAGUCUGAACUGUCCGGUUUCCAAGGCCCCUCCUGGAACUUACUGAUCCUUGACCUCGGCCUGGGAGGAAUGGGAUAGGCUAGGGGAGCCCCUGGGACCCAGACGACCUUGAGGCAGGGCACUCUGUACCCGUGCCUCUGCUGCCUCCCGCCCACAGCUCUACAAGUGGCAGCCGUGUCAUUCACCGCUGGACUUUGACAGUAGCCAAAGGUACUACUUGUUUUCCCUGUCUGUCUCCUUCCAGCCCUGCUGAAGUCUCCGCUGAGGUCAACCGGCUAUGUCCUUUGGAAACUGGAAGCCCACAGUGGUGGUCCAGGGUAUACUCUGGAUCCUGUAUGGAUUGCUGCUGCAGCCGGAGCCAGGGACAGCGACCCUGCCCCUGCUCAUGGACUCUGUCAUCCAGGCCCUGGCUGAGCUGGAGCAGAAGGCACCAGCCACUGAGGCUGGCCAUAGUGUCGCUGCAUGGCUGCUGUCAGCCCAGGGCUCUGGUACCCACAGUCCCCUCCAUCACUUCCUGCUGGAGGGGAAGCGUCUCAACAUCACAGAGCUGGAUCCUCCUUUGCUGAGCCCAGAGCUUCGAGGCCUGAUGGGAGAGGUGGCGAGACACAGCAUGCAGGAUGGGAAGGAAUAUGGGGUGGUACUAGCACCCGAUGGCUCGACUGUGGCUGUGGAGCCUCUUCUGGCAGGGCUUUGGGCAGGCCUUCAGGGACACAGAAUCGUAAACCUCUCCUUAGAGAGCACGGCCACCCCUCCGGAUGCUGGAGUCACCUUUCCAGACCUUGGCAACAGCUCCCCAGGGCUCAGCGAUGCCUCUCCUGAUGUCACCUCUGUGGAUGUCAGACCUGUGUCUCCAAAUGUUAGCACCAAAGAUCUAGAUGUCGGAGCCACCUCUCCAGCAGUUAGACCUGGCUCUCCAGAUGUCCAAGCCUCCUCUCCAGAUACCAAGGCCAAGUUACCAACCGCUGUGGACAGCCUCCUCGUGGUCACCCUGGCUGGGGACCUGGGCCUGAACUUCCUCCAGGGCCCUCAGACCUGGAAUCAUUCUGGACUGGGAGCUGAGGGAUGCUGGGACCAGCUCUCUGUUCCCAGGACCUUCACGCUCCUGGAUCCUGAGGCAUCACCCCUCACCACGGCCUUCCUCAACGGUGCCCUGGACGGAGUCCUCCUUGGAGACUAUCUGAGCCGGACCCCUGAGCCCCGGCCAGCCCUCAGUCACCUGCUGAGCCAGUACUAUGGAGCCGGGGUAGCCGGAGACCCAGGAUUUCGGAGCAACUUCCGACGGCACAACGGAGCUGCUCUGACUUCGGCCCCCACCCUGACCCAGCAAGUAUGGGGGGCCCUCAUCCUGCUACAGAGACUAGAGCCAGCACACCCUCAUCUACAGGGCAUGAGCCAAGAAGAGCUCGCACAGGUGGCCACCCAUGCUACCAAGGAGUUCACUGAGGCUUUCCUAGGGUGUCCAGCAAUCCACCCGCGUUGCCGCUGGGGUGCCGCACCGUACCAGGGUCUCCCGACGCUGCUGAAGCUGCCGCUCGGGUUCUUGUAUGUGCACCACACGUACUUGCCCGCGCCACCCUGCACCAGCUUUGAGAGCUGCGCCGCAGACAUGCGCUCUAUGCAACGUUUCCACCAGCAGACACGCGGCUGGGCGGACAUAGGAUACAGUUUCGUGGUGGGCUCAGACGGCUACGUGUACGAGGGCCGCGGAUGGCACUGGGUGGGUGCGCACACACUCGGCCACAACUCCCGCGGCUUCGGCGUGGCCUUUAUAGGCAACUACACCGGGGUGCUGCCCUCAGAGGCCGCGCUGCGAGCGGUGCGAGACGAGCUCCCGCGCUGCGCUAUACGCGCCGGCCUCCUGAGGCCAGACUAUGCGCUGCUAGGCCACCGGCAGCUCGUGCGCACUGAGUGCCCUGGCGACCUGCUCUUCAACCUGCUGCGCACCUGGCCGCGCUUCGACAAGGACGUGAAACCAAGAACUGCCAGGAGGGCCUCCAGCAUAUCCAAGAGAAGACCACCUCCAACAAUACUGCUAUCCACUGACCUCCAAUAAAGAGACCUGGGAGAGACUUCCCCGGUGGUCCAGUGGUUGAGAAUCCACCUGCCAAUGCAGGGGAUAUGGGUUUGAUCUCUGGUCUGGGAAGAUUCCACAUGCUGUGGAGCAACUAAGCCUGUGCUCACAACU